AUGUCUUCAAUUGAUAAAGAUAUACUAACUAAAGAUGAGGAAUCGGAAGAUACUACAAAAACCGAAAGUAGUAUAAGUUAUUCCCUGAAAAUUGACCAUAUGAAGAAUCCGCAUCGUAUAAAGCUAGCACCUGAUGAAAUCAAGUUAAUUAUGUUUUUAAUAGUUGAGAUCAAACCGUUUAAAUACAUUGGUGAUAAAUCUUUGAGUCAAACUAAAAAAUGGGAGCUUAUAAGAACAAGGUAUUAUGAUGCAAAAGCAAAUAAUAAAGAUGUGGAAGUAAUUGUACCUACUGUGCGAACACUUCAGAGACAAUUGACUGCCGGUCUUAAAAAAGCAGAAACCAGGAGGAAGAAAAAGAGAGUAUAUGAUUCAAUUGACCAAAUAUCAGACACCGAGAAGUUGAUUCAGAAGAGGCUUGAUAAGUUAAGUGUUGAAUCCGCAACUGAUCAAGAAUUAGAAGAUAUGAUUUAUGAUUUGAAUGAACUUUCGGAUCAUAUUAAAAAGACGAAAUCAAAUCCACAACCACGUCCUUCAUCAAUUCAAAGGAUAAUGAAUCCAUCUCCUGAAUCAACUCCACAAAAACAGCAACGUCAUUUUCAUGAUCUUCAUCAUCAUCAACAACAACAACAACAACCAAACAAUAAUAGUACUCAGACACAUGUGUUGUCUGCUCCAGUUCCACCACCUCCUCCUCCUCCUCCUCAGCCAGCACUACCACAGGUUCAAUCAUUUUCUCCACCUAUAGCUCAAGCAACUCCUAUAGCACCAAGACUUUUUCAUGAUCCGCAGCCUUCUCCAGUGGUACAACUGCUGUUACAAAUAGUAGAAGAGUUGCAAACAGAAAUACAAAGCAUGGCAGAUCGUUUACGAUCUAUCAAACAAAAAUUGGAUAGACUAAAGUAA